CAUAGAUCUAGGAGGCCUUAGAUUAGGUAUUUUUGACACCUUGGUUCAUCGUCAGAGGUUUUCUUGCUUCUUCGAGGCAGGGAGUGACAGAGCCGAGUUCACAGCGGGGUUCCAGCCUGUGCUACCUUAGCCAAGCCCCAAGCGAAGGCGCCAAAAAGCUCCCUUGUCGAGUUGUCACUCAUUGCCCAAAGCCCGUCUUGUCUCCAACAGCGGAUCGUCUGCUCAUGACCUAAUUCUCUAAACCCCCCUCCACACUCACUCUCUCGCUCUCUCAACAAUAUCCAUUCCUCUUGCGUCCAACUCCCUGUGCGCCGAAUAUCCUCAACUUUCAUAGUCAGUCGAUCUCUCCCGGAAACUGCCAGUUUUGGCCCUCGCCAUUAUCAUCAUGGCCAACCUCCCAUCGCAACACCCCACCCUCUCUCUCCAUCUCUCCGACGUCACCCUCACCCCGCUCAUCACCUCGGCCUCGUCGCAAUCACACCUCGAAUCCCUCACAGCUCUCACCUCAAGCGCCCUCUCCUCCCAGACCGCCGCUCAGCGACUCGGUCUCGGUCGCCCCCAACGUCUCAUGGUUGAGUACCCUGAUCGUGGGCCUGUCGUAAUACACUCAUAUCUUGAUCCUCGCGACGCUGUCGAUACAGCUACCAACAACGCUGCCGCGACCGCCUCUAGCCGCCCGGGUUCAGCGCCCGGGUCAAGUCACGGCCCCGACUCUAGAGCACCUCGGUCUGAACCUGCGCCGUCCCAUGACGAUCCACGAUCCGAGGAUGCGGCCCCGUUGCUCGUUGGUGUGGUCGUCGCAGGGUCCGCAGAUGAAGCGAGAGAAGCCCGUCGCGCAUCAACAAGGCUAGAGCGCGUGGGAAGAGAAUUCCAAAGGGAGUGGGCUGCUGAGAGUAGUCAAGAGCGCGCAAACGACGAGGGGCCAGAGUGAUCAGGCUGCAGAAACACCCA